CCCUUUAUCGAUAGAAAGACGUUCUAACCUACUAUCUCUAAUUAAAAAAUAGCUGUAAAUGUACAUAAAAAAAGAUAAUGACACUGCCGAUGGAAAGAAUUCAGAUUUUGGAAUCUAUCAAGGACCUUACAAUAUGUUUACAAAGUGCAGAAGGAACAGCAUAUUAUAUACAUUGUACGACAUAUAUAUGUGGGUAUAUAUAUAAAAGGGAAAUCUUAUGCAUGAUUCCAAUUGCUAUAACACAUUCGUCAAGAACGAAAGAAAAGCCGAAUCAACGUGAAAAAAAGUUGAAACUGCCACAAGAUGAUGGCGCAUAUUAUUGUGGGCCUAUUACUUAUAUGUAGUUCCUUGAAUUUUUAUUGUUAUGGCAAUCUUGACUUUAACAAAUAUCCAAUAUGCAAGAAACCCGAAUGGUUCCAAUGUGAUAAUGACGAACGUGCAUUCACAUGCAAUGGAAAAGAAGAUAUUGAUAGAUUGGAUAAAGAUUACUGCAACUUUAUUUCAACACCAGCACAGAUGUCAACACCAGAUUCAUCAACUUAUAUAGCAGCUGUAGUAGAAUAUCAUUCAAAAUAUGCAAUAGAUCGUAAUGAAACUUUAAAGAAAAAUUCUGAUGCGUAUGUCAAGUACAUUAAAACAGCUAGAGCAUAUAAUGCUGACAUAAUUGUUUUUCCUGAAAAUGGAUUAACAACAUCUAAUUAUUCCAAAAGGGAAGAAAUGCAAAAUUUGACAAUUAUUAUCCCUGCUGCUUCAUUUAAUUAUACGCCUUGUACUGACAGUAAUAUUGAAGUCAGUGAGGUUCUGAAAAAGAUAUCGUGUGCUGCUAGAAAAAAUAAAAUAUAUGUGGUAAUUAAUAUUGCUGAGAAACUGCCUUGCACUGGAGAUAUAUGUCCAAAAGAUAAGAUGUUGUAUUAUAAUAGCAAUGUUGUAUUUGAUCGCACGGGAAAGAUUAUUGCUAGAUAUCGUAAAACGAAUGUUUUUGAGGAUGGACGGUUUAAUGUGAUGUUAGAACCAGAAAUAGUAAUUUUCGAUACUGACUUUGGAGUCAAAUUCGGAACUUUUACAUGUUUUGAUAUAUUAUUUUACGAGCCUGCAUUACAAUUAACAAGGGUUCAUCAAGUUACUGACAUUGUGUUUCCUACAGCAUGGAUUUCUGUGACACCAUUCUUAACAACUGUACAAACACAAGCAGGAUGGUCGUUUAGUGAAGAUGUAAAUUUGUUAACUUCCGGUUAUAAUGACCUAGAUUUUGGCCAUACUGGCAGUGGAAUUUAUUUAGGUUGUAAGGGAAUAGGUAAAGCAAUAAUAUCUGAAACUAAAUGCGAUGAAAUUUUGGUGUUUGAAGUACCCAAAAAGAAAGGUAAAUUUAAUAAGGACCAUCAUAAUCAUUCGAAAGACUAUGAUCACAAAGUUUACAGCCAUAAAAAGAAGUAUAUACAAAAGAAGUUAUGGAAAAAGCAAUUUGCCAGCCCAAUGGCAGAUAAUGAUACCAUAUUUUUAAAACAUGAUAAUCUUAAUGCCUUUGAAAUAUUUCCCUUGGAAGGAAAUGUCACGAACAAUAUCUGCAAGAAUGACUUCUGCUGUGAUUUUAAAGUAGAAUUUGUGACAAUAGAUCCAAGUACAAAAUAUUAUUUAGUUGUUUUUAGUGGUAUUCAUCUGUACGCUACUAUCGAAGCUGGCAUACGCACAUGCGGUAUAAUUCAGUGUUUAAAUAACUCAGUCUCAUCGUGCGGUUCUGUACAUGAAUCGAAAACAGUAUUCAGCAAAAUAGAAAUCGAUACGACGUUUUACGAUUAUAAGAACAUUUUAAUCAUGCCGUCCACGUUACGUUCAGAUUUACUUCCGCUUUCUGAAAACUGGACGUAUAAUGAACGUGCUCAUGAUGAUCAUGUCCAUGUUAAUAUGCUUUUAAGCAAUAAUACAAAUAAUCUAACAACAUUUGGAAUAUAUUCGAGGUACUUUAAUAAGAACAAUGUAUAGCAGUUUCUGAUAUUCCAUUAUUAAUAAUAUUGUAAUGUUAAUAAAAAUAUCUUUUACAAAGUAA